AUGUCGGGUGAGAGCAGCGCGAGUUUCUUCAGGCGGGAGUGGAGGAGCAGAGAAACAGAGAGCGGAGGGAAGAGCUUGGUAGUGGCUCAGUUCAACGUGCUGGCGGAUGGCUUGAGCGGCAUGGACGUCAACAAGGGCGGCUUCUGCAUGUCGUCGCCGGUGUGCCUGGCAUGGGAGCAUCGCCGGCAGAAGCUUGUCGACGAGAUCAUGCGGCAUGGCGUUCAGCCGGAUAUCGUGGCGCUCCAGGAAGUGGAUCACUUCCAUGACUGGUUCGAACCCGUGCUGGGGAGGAUGGGAUAUGACGGGAUCUUCUUGCCGAAGCCCGACUCGCCAUGCAGGAGGAGCAUGGACCCGAGCCUGCAGGAUGGCUGUGCGCUGUUCUGGCGGAGAGAGACGGUGAAGUUGAAGGAGAGCGAGAUGGUCAACUACGAGGUCCUCGGCCAUGACAAGAACCCGAUGAAAACCAACCAGGUCGCGAUCCUCGCAGAGUUCGAGCAGGAGGGGGUAACUCCUUUCUGGUUCGCCGUGACCCACCUGCACGCGAAGAAGAGCGAGGAGGGAGAGAAAGUCCGAUGUCAGCAGAUCCAGCAGCUGCUCGACCGCCUGCUCAGCAAGCGCUCCCCCUGCCUCCUUGCCAUGGACAUGAACGCGGCCCCCAAGUCCAACGGUCUGGCGAGCUACCCCGCCUUGGCGUACGAGGCGGCUAGGAAGCAUCCUCUGGGACUCUCCAGCGCGUACGAGGAGGUCAUGGGGGAGGAGCCCCCCUUCACGACGUGGAAGCUACGGGGAGAGGUAGAGGCCAAACACACCAUCGACUACAUCUUCAUGACUGGGGAGCUGGAGGCCACCCGGGUCCUGGAGCUGCCGGACGAGGGGGAGGUGGGGCCCGAGAGGCUCCCGAGCUGGUCUUACCCGUCUGAUCACUUCGCGCUCCUGGCGGAGAUAAGGAGGAGGAGGUGA